CGCAGUGACAGGAGAACGCGGAGAGCUGCGUCUUUGCGUAAUAGGAAAUUAUUAGUCUAGUCAAGACCAGAAGGUGGGAGGAGGCAGCAAGGGGCAUGGCAAAGACUGCAGAUAGUUGGGUGUUCAUUGGGCCAACGACACUACGGUAUUUUUCAUUAGUCCUGCUGUCUGUAUGCUUAGGGUUUGUGUGUGCAACCUCCCCCCAUGGCUCCAGCUUCCCACAGGAGCUCUUGGUGGAUAGUAACCGUGCCAUCAACUUUGCUGAUUUGAACUAUGACAUUGAUGUGAAUGUUAUUGAAGAGAAAAAUACAAGAAACAGGAGAGAUUCUUCAACUAGCCGCAAUAGUAAUCUGACAGCAAACCAUUUCUACCUCUGGACUAGAACUAAUGCAGGCAACACUUCAUACAAUGAUCUUGACCCAGGGAAACCUGAUACCAUCAAGAACAGUACCUUUGUGCCAAGAACAACUUAUAUUAUUGUACAUGGUUUCCUUGGAUGGGGUAUAGAGCCAUGGAUUCUCUUCAUGAAAGACAGCGACCUGAAUCUGGAAAAUGUUGCAUUGACCUUCGGCCAUUCUCUUGGGCUGCAUGCCUGCUCCGCUCUCUACGCCACUUCAAGACACACCGCGUGGGGAGACUUCCCAGUCUUUACCUAG